AUGGGUCACGAAAUAAACGGUAGCACCAAUGGAGAUGGACUUACUAACGGCCAUUCGAACAGAUAUACGAAUGGUCAUGCAGAUGGACACGACGCACCACGAAAGCAAACCUCAACGCUCCCUCCCCCGAUCGCCAUCAUUGGCAUGGGAAUGCGUCUACCCGGCGGAUGCAAUGACACCGAGUCGUUCUGGGAUCUUCUCAUGAACAAGAAGGAGGGCAUGAUCCCAGUUCCACCUAACCGAUGGAACGAAGAUGGAUUCUAUAAUCCCUCCGGAAGGCCGGGUACUAUCCGCAGCAAAGAAGGCAACUUUCUCCAACAGGAUCCUACUGUCUUUGACGCAGGGUUCUUUUCUAUGACGGCGUCGCAAGUCGAACAGGUAGAUCCACAGCAAAGAAUCCUGCUGGAAACAGUUUAUGAGUCGCUGGAGAAUGCAGGAGAAGGAGAUAUCAGAGGAAGGAAUAUCGGAGUGUAUGUGGGGACUUUUGCAGAGGACUGGAUUGAAAUGCAUGCGAAAGACUCGGAGCCACAUGUUUUCUUAGCUCUCACGGGACACUUGGAUUUGAUGACGAGUAAUCGUGUAUCCUAUGAGGUUUUUGGAAAGGAGGGCAUGAUUAUUGGAUCUGUGAAAUCCAACAUUGGUCACUCUGAGUCCGCGAGUGCCAACUCAGCGAUCAUCAAAGCGAUCCUGUCACUGGAGCAUUUGACCAUCCCACCCAAUGUCAAUUUUGAAUCGCCAAAUUCUAAGAUUCCACGGGAAGAAGGAAAGCUCACAAUCCCUCUCGAGGCUAUGAAGUGGCCAGCCGGUCGCCACGAGAGAGUCAGCGUCAAUUCAUUCGGUAUCGGAGGGUCCAACGGUCAUGUAAUCGUGGACUCGGCUGCAUCCUUCGGGAUAAAGCAAGGGAGCAACGUCGCAGAGGCCGAUGCCCCGAGACUCGGCCUGCUCCUUUUCUCCGCAAAGAGUGAUGUUUCUCUCCAGGGUUCCGUCGAGAAGCACUCAAAGUAUAUAGAAAGACACGGGCCAUCUCGUCUUCAAGACCUGGCCUACACUCUUGCCACUCGAAGACAACACCAUGGCUACCGCACAUUCGCCGUGUCUGACGGAGUCGAGCCCUUGCUGACACAGCGGACUGUCAAGGCAAAGAAUACUGCGAAGUCCCUUGUCUUCGUCUUCACGGGCCAAGGUGCUCAGUGGCCCCAGAUGGGGAAGAAGCUAUUUCAAGAUUUCCCUGCUGCUCGCGAGGACUUUCAGGACAUUGAUCAUAUUCUGUCACAAUGCCAUACUCCUCCGUCUUGGAGCAUCCUAGAUGAGCUUUCCAAGCCAAAGCUGAAGAGCCAGAUUCCCAAGGCCGAAUUUUCCCAGCCACUCUGCACCGCAAUUCAGAUCGCUCUUGUCAACCUGCUCCGCAACUGGGGAGCUAGUCCGGCUGCUGUCGUCGGCCACUCUAGUGGAGAGAUCGCCGCCGCAUAUGCAACUGGUGCCAUCACGAAAAAGGACGCGCUGCUGGCAGCGUAUUUCAGGGGUCUGGCCACACGAGAGAAGUUGACUGAUGGUGCAAUGGCCGUCGUGGGACUUGGAGUCGAGAAAUUGCGAGCGUCUCUAAUUGAUGGCAUCGUGAUCGGGUGUGAGAACAGUCCGAGUAGCACAACGACGUCCGGUGAUCGUGAAGUACUGGCGACGUUUAUCGAGAAUCUGCAGAAGAAGUAUCCAGAUGUGUUUGUUCACCACAUGAAGGCAUAUGGUGCUGCCUAUGAGCAGUCAAUUGCUGAGAUUUGCACAAGCAAGAAGCCCAAUAUUCCGUUUUUCUCGACAGUAACCGGAACAGUUCUUGACUCCGCCGACGCUUUCACAGCAUCCUACUGGCGAAAUAAUUUGGAAAACCCUGUCCUCUUUGAUACUGCGGUACGUAAUAUCAUUAAUGCCAAUCUCCAGAAUCCCGUCUUCCUUGAAGUUGGACCCCAUUCAGCACUCGCAGGCCCACUGAGACAGACGUUCCAAGCUGAGGGAGCCUCUCUCACGUACAUGUCAACCCUGCAACGUGGCAGGGAUGACACCGAGUCCAUCUAUAAUGUCAUUGGGAGCCUCUGGGUGAACAAUGUUUCUGUGAACCUAGAAGCUCUAAAUCCCGUUGGUUCCGUUCUCACAGAUCUGCCGACCUACUCGUGGGAUCACUCCGUGAAGUACUGGGAGGAGAGUCGGAUCUCGAAGGAGUGGAGAGAGCGAAAGUUCCUUCCCCACGAAACCCUUGGCGUUCGCCUCGGAGGCAGUAGCCAUCUCGAGCCAACAUGGCGCAGCCUGUUGAGGCUCGACGAAGUUGGAUGGGUCCGAGAUCAUCAAGUUGGUACUAAUAUUGUCUUUCCCGGCGCCGGCUAUGUUUGCAUGGCCGGUGAAGCCAUCCGCCAGCUGACCGGAAGGUCUGACUAUUCCGUGCGAGGCUUCUCAAUCCGCACAGCCAUGAUUGUCAGUGAAUCUAAAUCAAACGACGUGGUGACCACAUUCAAAAAGGGCAAGCUCACUACCACGACGGAUUCUGACUGGUGGGACUUCCGCAUCACGUCAUUCAACGGUUCCACCUGGAGUGAGCAUUGCUCUGGCCAGGCGAAAGCUGGACCUAUUCACCCAAGCGAGGGCCGGAAGGUCUCUCAGCCAGACUUCCUCAGGAAGAUUGCCGCUAGUCGCUGGUAUGAUACCAUGCAAAAUAUCGGUUUCACAUAUGGUCCAGCUUUCCAGGGUCUGAGAGAGAUUUCAGCAGAUCCCACGGGUAAUGAGGCAGUCGCUAUCAUCGAAAACGCACACCUUGAUACGGAGUCAUUCUAUGAACUCCAUCCUUGCACACUUGAUAAGCUUAUGCAAUUGAUGACAGUGGCCCAGCACGAGGGAAAACCGUCGCUCUUCAAGCAACUGAGUAUGCCCACAUACAUUGAUGAGAUCUACAUCUCCGGCGGGAUGAAGGAGCUGAGAGCAACCGCUUCAUCUUACAAGGACUUUAUGGAUGCAUGGUCCGGUGACGAAGUUGCCACCGUUGAUGGCAAGAUAGUGUUUGAGAUGAAAGGCUUGAGAGUGACUGGCCUAGGCAACAGCACGGACGUCGAAGAGAAGCCCAAGAAUGCCGUUCAACUCGUGUGGAAGCCUGAUAUCAACUUUUUGAAUGCAAAAGAUCUCAUUCGUGCCCCCUUGGAUCUCAGAACCUACCUGAUCGCGCUGGAGAAAUACUUUUUCCUGCUGGCAACGGAUACAGUGAAGGCUAUCGAGCCCAUAGAAACUCAGGAAAGCCAUCUCAUUAAAUUCCGAACUUGGCUAAAUACCUUCGUCGAGUUUACAGGGAAGGGAGAGAAUAAAAUUCUUCCUGAAGGUAAAGAGCUCGCCACAUUAAGUGAGCAGAACCGCCUGUCUCUCGUCCAGUCCAUGACGGAGGAGUUUGAUGCUGGCCCGGUUCACUGGGUAGCAACUGCCAUUCGACGUGUCCACGAGAGCGCUCAGGCCAGAUAUGAGGGCUCUGUAGACACGUUGGAGCUUCUUAUGGAGGGAGGUGCCUUGACGCAGAUUUACGCAUUCUUUGAUCUAUGCUGGGAUUAUUCGCCAUUGCUGCAGAGUCUGGGUCACAACAAGCCCACCUUGAGAGUACUAGAGAUCGGAGCUGGCACCGGCGGCACGACAACCAAUUUGCUUUCGGGGCUGCAAUCCGAAUUCGGAGAGAGACUCUACUCCAAGUAUAGCUAUACUGACAUCUCUUCCGGAUUCUUUGUGGCGGCGAAGGAGCGCUUCAAGGAUCACCCUAAUAUCGAAUUCUCUGUUCUGGACAUCAGCAAGAAUCCCCUGGAGCAAGGGUUCGAAGAAGGAUCCUAUGACCUGAUUCUGGCGGCCAACGUCAUCCACGCAACCGCUUCACUGCAGGAAAGCCUGAGAAACGUGAGGAGGUUACUUCACCCGAAGGGUCGAUUCCUCCUUCAGGAGCUGGACAUACAAGCAAAAUGGAUGAGCUUUAUCAUGGGUGGUUUCCCCGGAUGGUGGCUUGGAGAUGAAGACAAUCGUCUCGAGGCACCGUUUGUGUCGCCUGAAAGAUGGAAUCAGGAGCUGCGCGAGGCCGGCUUCACAGGUGUCGAUGCUCUUGCCUACGACAACGAGCUUCCGUAUCAAGUCACAGCCAGCAUGCUAUCCUCCGUCGCUCAACCAGAACCCGAGAAAACGCGGAUCACGUUGCUAUACCGAGAAGAAGUAAACCCAUCGGUUGAAUCCUACAAACGUGCUUUUGAAAGUUCUGGUCACCCCACAGAUAUGCGCUCAUUGAAGGAGGACUUGCCAUCCAAGCAAGACAUCAUCUCAUUGCUGGAUCUGGAGGCACCAUUUUUUGACAAUAUUGAUCAGCGUGACCUCGAGCGAGUGAUCCAGUUCUCCUCCAAUCUUGAGUCCGCAAACUUGCUAUGGCUGACCUGCCCAAUUCAAAUGGACGCCAAAGACCCUCGGUACGCGCAGGUCCUUGGCUUUGCACGGACCUUGCGAUCGGAGAAGCAGGCCAGUUUUACUACCUUUGAAAUAGAUGAUUUCCUGGAUCCUGUCGCAACUGAAAAGGAAGUCCAGGUAUAUGAGCAGAUAUUUCGACCAGACAAUGAUCCUCAGUUGGAUCCGGAUUAUGAGUUCGCCUUGCAUGAGGGCACCGUUUACUCUUCCAGGUACCACUGGGUCUCUGUUCGAGAUGAACUUGCGUCCGCGGCCGAUCAGGUUGUCGACAAAGUCCUCAAGAUUGGCCAGAAGGGCAUGAUUGAUAGCUUGCAAUGGGAGAAGAACAACGACGCGUCAAGGUCACUUAAAGGGCAAGAAGUUGUUGUUCGGCCUCACACGGUGGGUGUUAACUUUAGAGAUGUCCUUCAAACUCAAGGUCUUAUUGAUGGAGAUGAUCUAGGAGGCGAAUGUUCUGGUAUCGUUGAGGCCGUCGGCCCUGAUGUUACAGAUUUCACCCCCGGUGAUCGGAUCUUCAUGAUGGUACCUUACUGCUUCUCGAACCGCGUCAUCACCACUGCGGAUCUCUUGGCUAAGAUCCCCGAUGGCCUGAGCUUGGAAGAAGCCGCAACAAUGCUAAUCACAUUCAUUACUGUGAUAUACGGCUUGCUUCAUUUGCGUCACCUAGAAAAGGGCGAUACCGUUCUGAUUCACUCCGCGGCCGGGGGUGUGGGUGUAUCAGCCAUCCAAAUUGCGCAGAUGGUCGGAGCAAAGAUAUUCGCUACCGUUGGUAGCCAAGAGAAAGUGAAUUUCCUCGUCAACAACUUUGGCUUGCCUCAAUCUCAGAUUUUCGACUCGCAUAGCAACUCUUUCCUCCCUUCUGUCCUCGAGGCAACAGGUGGACGCGGAGUAGAUGUUGCAUUAAACUCUCUUGCGGGCGAGUAUUUGCAUGACACUUGGAAAUGCAUUGCUCCGUUCGGUACCAUGAUCGAAAUCGGCAAGCGUGAUUUCUAUGGCCAUGCAAAGUUAGACAUGAUGCAAUUUACCGAAAACAGGACGUUCAUCGGCCUUGAUGCUCGUCACUUGGAAGCGGAGCGUCCAGCACUUUGCGGAAGAAUUCUGCGAGAGUGCGCCAAGUAUUUCGAGCAAAGCCAUAUUCAGCCCAUCCGACCUCUCGAAACAUUCGCGGCCAGUGAGGUCGGUGAUGCGUUCCGAUUUAUGCAGAGAGGAACCCACAUUGGCAAGCUUACAGUUCGCAUGCCGCAUGAUCUUAAAGACCUUCCCUGCGCUGCCCGUCAUCCAGAUCUACCGCUGCAUGAAGACGCAAGUUACUUGCUUGUCGGGGGUCUUGGUGGCGUUGGGCGAUCAAUCGCCUCUUGGCUCGCCGAAAGCGGUGCCAAACAUAUUGUCUUCCUUUCUCGGUCGGGAAGAUCCGAGAAGACCGAACAUUUCAUUCAAGAAUUGGAAGUUCUGGGAUGCCGAGUACAGGUUUUCAAAGGCUCGGUGGCUAAUUUUGACGAUGUACAACAAGUGGCAACCAAGGCGGAGAAGCCCAUUCGCGGUGUUAUACAGCUGUCAAUGGCUUUGCAGGACCGGGCGAUUGAAACAAUGACACACGACGAUUGGAAGGCCGCAAUUCUCCCGAAGGUUGAUGGUACUUGGAAUCUGCACCAUGCACUAAAGAACCUCGACUUCCUGGUGCUAUUUAGUUCCGUCAGUGGACUGAUGGGUCAGUUCGGCCAAGCUAAUUAUGCCGCUGCCAACACAUUUCUGGAUGCGUUUGUGCAGUAUCGGCAUUCUCUCGGCCUUGCGGCCUCUGUCAUUGACCUAGGCGUCAUGGAAGACGUUAGUUUUGUCUCCGAGUCAUCCAACCUGAUCGAGUACUUCAAAUUUUUGUCGGCAAACCUGCUAACGGAGGAAGACCUGGUGGAGGCCGUUCGGCUCGCGAUUGCUAGAUCGCAGCCCAGUCAAGCAGUCAACGCCUUCACCAAUCCCAGCGAGAUCUCUGUGGGUGUCGCUUCCUACAUGCCCUUGGCGGACCCCAACAACCGGAUUAUCUGGAAGAGAGACCGCCGUUUCUCGGUGUAUCGAAACCUGGAAACCACAUCGGAUGCAUCUUUGGCCACAAACGAGGGGCUGAAAUCGUUCCUCUUGCAAAUCACCUCGAGAGGGGUCAGUGGUCUCGGAGACGACACGGGUGAAUAUUUAGCCAAGGAGAUCGGAAAGACCUUAUACGGGUUCAUGAUGCAGAGUGCCGACGACAUGGACUUGGAGCAGCCUCUUGCCACACUGGGUCUGGACAGUUUGGUUGGGAUUGAGUUGAGAAACUGGUGCCGACAACAGCUGGGAUUGGAAGUUAGUAUUCUGGAGAUCAUGCAGAGCACACUCCAAGACAUGGGCAAGAGGGCGGUGGAUUCUUUGGUCGCGAGACACAGUUAG